AUGGCCUCAGUCUGGAAGCGUCACCCCCGCUAUUCAAUUUUCUUAGUCGUCUUUCUACUGGCGACGUGUUUCAUACUCGUUCCUCUUGGGCCGUACGAGCCGCCUUUCGAACACAUGCCAUUCGACGACGCCACGCCCCACGUUGACCAGCGCUUUGCUCUGUCAGAGGCUUUUUAUGAGAAAGCACUGAAGGGUCGAGCGGCACUGUUGAAGAAGUUUGGACCGCGCCCAGAGGACGUUGAAACGUUUCCCGACCAUGACAAGCCUUACACUAUAUGGAACUUCUUCCCAGCUGCUUUCAACUGCCCAUACGAGGUACGACACCUUGGUACUCUCGCUGAUGGCGGCAAGUGGGUCUGUGGCCUUUCUCGUCUAGAAAGAGAGCCAGAUUGUGUUAUAUACUCUUUCGCACUGAUUUGCGCCGACCCUACUGGUACCUUUCGCGCCCUUGAUAUUUUGAUGAAAGGUAUUAGCGGUGAUUCUACAUUUGAAGCCGAGCUUUUGCAAAACACCAAACAUUGCAAAGUGUGGGGAUACGAUUUCUCCGUCAAAGGUUUCGCUAGUGACAUACCGGAAUCCGAGAGAUGGCGAACCAACUUCCAUGCGUAUGGAUUAGCUGGCAAAAACAAACCUGCGACCGGUAACGAUCCAGCAAUGUAUUCAUUGCAGACUUUGAUGGCUAUGAAUGGUCACAAUCACAUCGAUCUUUUGAAAAUUGAUAUUGAGGGUUGGGAGUUUGAGACUCUCGAAGAGCUCAUUAAGCCCUACUUACUCUCGGGCGAGCCAUUACCUUUCGCGCAGUUGCAACUCGAAAUCCAUGUAUGGGAUAUGCCGUUUGCGUCAUUUUUAAAGUGGUGGGAGAUGUUGGAAACCGCUGGGUUAAGGCCGUUCUGGACUGAGCCCAAUCUUGUAUAUGUUGACUAUGCUAAAGCCACCCCGAGUCUGACGGAGUAUUCGUUCAUUAACAUCAAAGGCGACAAUGUCUUGACAAAAGCUGCCACGUUGCCCAGGCCUCCUCCUCGCCAUCCUCAUGGACCAUAAAGCGUCACAGAUCUACAGUAGAAAUCUCUUACAUUUGCACCUAUGGACUAAUUCUAAGUAUUUACUUCAUAAACUUGUACAGGAAUCUUACAGCAUUUUCGGACUCGAACCUUGAACUCUAAAAUCAUCUUUUUCUGAAUUCGAUUGCUGUACAUAGCUUGAUCAAUUGUCCUCACUUAGCGAGCCUUAGGACUCCUUGAAUGUUGAAACUCUCGGCGGGAACCGGUGAAAUCAAAAAUUCAAUACCCGGGCUGUGACUACUUUUGAUGUUCUGCGUUUCGCUUCCUUUCUCUUCCAUACCAUAUGAGCAAGCUGUGAUAGUCGUUCUUUGGUGACGUGCUUUCAUACUCAACGGGCGUAGUAGUGGUACCUAUUCGAUUUUUGGAGAUUCGCCGUUGUGUCAGGAAAACCCGUGUACAAUCAUUUAUAUACCACGACCAACAUGAAUUUUGAUUGAGCGAGCAAUACUCUU